UAAAGAUGGCAGACAAAGCAGUAUCCACCGCCAGCAAGCCCAUGAUGAGGGGCCUCCUCAACGCUCAGAUCAAGCGUAACCUGAUCGUGUCUCUGGUCCUCGCUGGCAUCUCCGCCGUCGCUGUUAAGCAGCUCGUCGGCAAUGAGCGCAAGAGGAAGUACGCUGAAUUCUACAGGACAUACGACGCCGAGAAGGAGUUCGAGGAGAUGAGGAAGAAGGGUCUAUUCCAAUCCUGCUAAACGUGAACAGUUAUAGAGUAGUAUUAAUUUUAUUUCGCUGUGAAAAUGGUUUAACUAUAAAUAAAAUUACUUAAAAAACUAUA